AUGGAUGUUAUAAAGGGAAACCUGGAUAGGAUUUCAAAACCAGCCUCAAAUUCAAGAACACAUCCUGGGAGCAGAGGCUCAAAUGCUUCUUUAGAGGUGCUGUCGCCGGAACCAGGGUCCUUCAAGGUUGAUACUGCAAUCAAGUUGAACUCUGGUAAAGAGGGCCACUCAGAAAGCAUAGAGGAAGGUAGAAAGGCAGAGGAGAGUAGAAGCAAUAAUGAUGAUAAAGGGGAAAAGUACCCGGAGACAAGAAAAUUGGCUGAUGUGGAGUCAGAUGAAGAUCUGGACUUCGUUCAACAUCAAACAAUCCCUGAGUGUUCAGAUGAACCAAAAUUAAAAGAAUUAGAUUUUAAACUUCAGGAUGCUAUUAAGAAGAUGAAGAGACUUGAUAAAAUAUUGAUGAAGAGACAAUACAGAGAAAAAGAAGUUAAGAAGCAAGGUCUAGAAAUGAGAAUAAAGCUGUGGGAAGAACUUAAGUCUGCAGAAAAUAGUGAAGUUUUGCAAAGUAAUGAGGAGAUAGAAAAUACAAAAAAGUUUUUGACUUUGACCGCAGCAUCAGAAGAAACUGUUGAUUCUUCUCGCUAUGAGGAUGAAGGAAACUUUCCUCCAGUAUUUAGUACUCAAGUCCCUCCAGAAGAGUAUGGACACCAUAUAACGUAUGCCAGCCAAGGUUUUAUCUGUGAUGUGGAAAGAAAUGAAUCACUGAUCAAAUCAGAUAAGAAAUCUUCCUCAAAUACAGAAAAUGUUGAGGUCAGGGGUAAACAUAAUCCAGAUUUUAUCAAGAGAAACAUUGAGUUGGCCAAGGAUUCAGGAAACACCGUGGUUAUGACCGAUAAAGAGAAGAAAAGGCUGGUUGGACUUUUGAAGGACUUAGAUGACAGAGACUCUGCUCUUUCCAGUUCUGAGGGUGAUCAGUCCGGCUGGCUGGUACCAGGAGAAGGAUACACGCUCGCGGUUGCCGAGCACCGGCUGCUUGCAGAAAUUGACACCAAACUCCAAGAACUCUCUGCAGUCUCCCCAGCAAUUUCCAGCUCUCCUCCAAGACUUGAAAACCGAAAUGAUCAGGAAACUGCCCUUAAGAAUGAUGACGGAAAUAUGGAAAUAACUCCAGGAGAAAAAGUACUUCGGAACACCAAAGAACAAAGGGAUCAGCAAAAUAGGUUGAAAGAGAUCGAUGAAAAGCUGAGAAAGAUGAAGGAAAACAUGCUAGAUUCAACAUCACUUCUCUCUGAGGAACAGCUGAAGUCUCUUCUGGAUGGCUGCAUACUCAAGCAGAAAUUAAACAUGAGUAGACUCUCUUCAGAAAGAGAAGACAAAGACAUUGAGGAUAAAACAUUUGAGUUCCCCCAGCUUUCCAGAUGGGUCCUUUCUGAGUUAGUAAAUGAAUCAGAAACCGAGGUGGAAAAGACUGAGGUAGAAGAUGCAAAUAUUCUUGACAAUGCAGACUGUGAAACACCUAGGGGCUACUAUCUCACCAAAGCUUUGACUGGGCGUUACAUGCCAGACACUCUCGUCACUGAAGCAGAGAAUAUGAAAUGCCUCCCAUUUUCCAAGGAUGAGGUUAUUAGUGACACAAAAGAUUAUUUUAUGUCAAAAACUCUUGGCAUUGGGAGAUUGAAAAGGCCCUCUUUCUUGGAUGAUCCGCUGUAUGGCACCAAUGUGAACCUUUCAUCAGAAGAUCAACAUUUGAAUCUCAGCUCUCCAGAGAAACCAAAAGCAGAUGAAGAGGAAAUGGAAGAUGGGACAGAAGAAUGUAAAGAAUCUUAA